GGUGAGGCUAACGCUAGUUGCUCCGCCAGCGGCUUGCUAGCAGCAUCGCAGCGAAGAACACGAGCGCUUGCAUGUGCUUCUGUUCAACAAAGGUAAACACAAAAGCAAUUUGUUUGGUAUUUCGUUUUAAUACCAGCUUUAUUUUGCAUUGUUUGGAUAGUCAUCCAUUUGUGUCGUUGGAAUCUUAAAGGCCUUUGCUUUUGUCAACAAACGGGCACGGUGGCCGUUUAUUUCUUCAUUUGCCCCCCCCCUGAUAAUUCAAAGUAUUGAAAUCGUUUUCUGUCGUUGUUAUCAGAACUGUGAAAGUUUUGUCAUGUUUUCUUUUCGGAUGUAUGAAUGCUAUUCGUCCAUAUCCAUCUGCUGGGCGCAGUUCUCAUCCUCGGCCCGAUAACGCCACACGACCCUAACCAUACUUUGAGGAACUUCAAACACGAUUGUAGCAUAGUAGCUUGAAUUUUCAUCCGUACUUCCGCUUUUUUUUUUCUUUUUUUUUUUGCAUUUAACUCCACUCUUCUACAAAUAUUUUAGUUGUGUAAACAACAGGACCAUUUGGGAUGGUUUUAAGAUGUAUCUCAUGUUAAGGUAGGAUUAAAUGAACAUAUGUGUGCAUUGCCUUGGAAGACAUGUUGAUACAUUGCGUGCUUCCUGUUGGAUAUGUAUUAAAGACAACCCAAUAAAUCAUGUUAGGAUUUGUGUGUGGUUGAUGCUGGUGCUACUUCAUCUGUGUGUAAUUUUAUGCGAGUCACGAGCAGGAAGUGACCACGACAUCGUGACUGUCCGAAAGGAGAAGCAGAACGGGCCGGCUGAGACGAGACGUUCCAACCCGAGGAAGCGUUCCUGUCCAGUGAGCAGCAGUCCAGUUCCCUGCAGUAACCAGAUUUUGUUUGUGUAACUUUUCCAGCUUUGUGUUGACAUCGAAGCAUUGUACUGCUUCUCCUGCUCCAGGCCCCACCAAACAGACCCCUGUUUGGCGGACGAGCCGGGAGCUCGCUCCCGAUUGUCACCAUGUCCCAUCCUCUCUACAACCCCUAUGCCCAAAGGCAGCCAGAGAACGAGCCCCGCAGGGUGUCUUCUCUUGUAGAACUUGGACAGAGUCUCAGCUCUUCCACGGGUCGGCUGCAGCCUUCUGAAAGCCAGCCGGUUUCUUCGCUGAUGGCCAAUUUUCGGCCUCAGCAAAGAGCCAAUACCAAUGAAGACAUCCCGGGUUUGGAUCAAGACGCUCGCAGACAAGAGUUUCGCUCCUCGGGUACGGCAGCAAGCUCGGCCCAAAACCUUAGCAGGUCGUUUGACGGCAGCGGCGGCUCUCUCGAUCGCUUGUCGAAUUAUGGCCGAGCUGAUGGCGGCGCCUCCUCCUCCGCUUAUUAUCAGCCGUCAACAUCGGGGGGUCGUUCUUUGUAUAGCGCCUCCGGUAAGGAUGAUCGCAACCUCCGCCCUGUUCCAAGGCGAGAUUUCGGCGAGUCAGGCCAAUCUCAAUCUUCCGAAUCCGCUCAACCCAAGUAUACUUCUGAGACGGCCGCCAACAUCCUGGUGCACUUUGGACUUGAAAAGGACGAUUUGGAACAUCUUAUCUCCUACCCCGAAAACCAGAUCACACCUGCCAACCUGCCCUUCAUCUUGCGCCAAAUCCGCAUUCAGAAGACCAAGAAGGCCACUGAAGCCGAUCGACCCAAAGUGUUCUCUGGUCAUGCCCCGGCUCGAGGCGGACCUGCUAGUGGGGACAAUUGGCGAGGUCCAGGACCGGCCAGGAUGGAAAGAGUGAACGCGCCGUCUUCUCUUCUCCAGUCAAGUAAAGUUAUAGACUAUGGACAUACGAGCAAAUACGCCGGCAGGUUGGAGGAGGACGUUGAGUGCAGAGCUCAAAAAGCUGAGGGUGACCAUUUACUGACAAUGGACAAUUUGGACAGAAGAAGAAGCGACCAGGAGCUGGUGCAGCAGAUGACGAGAAGUGCUAACCUGGCACCUUCUCAACGUGGAGAAGACUAUGGACAUACGAGCAAUUACACUGGAAGGUUGGAGGGGGACGUUGAGUGCAGCGCUAAAAAAGGUGACGGUGACAAUUUACGGAGCAUGGACAAUUUGGACAGAAGAGGAGGCGGUCAGGAGCUGGUGCAGCAGACGACAAGAAAUGCUAGCCUAGCACCUUCUCUUCGUGAUCAGAAGGAAAGUCUCAGAUCUUUGUUCAGCUCCAUCCUGAAAUCUAACCCUCCUAAAAGUCAGGAGCUGGUUAAACCGGCGGCGACUGGCGUGCCGUCAACGUUUCGUCCUUUCACUUUGGCGACUGAAGACACAGACGCUCGAGACAUCAAACCUCAAGCGCCGAAAGCCACGGCGUUUGAACAAGUGCGGGAUGAGCCCAAGCCCAUCUUAAAACCGCAACCGCCGGCCACUUUUGUUCGCCGUGCCCACCCCACCAGACCUGACCUCGUGGUGCUCAGCGGCGGUAACCAACCACAAAUGAAAAAAUCUGUCAAGCCCGCAGAGGAUCCGAACAAGUCCACGAAACCGAAGACGCCUGCGACGUCGUCGGAUGUCAAGAAAGUGCAGCCGCAAAAGCAGGCGCCCGCACAGAAGACUCAGCAAGUGAAGAAGCAGCAGGUGGCCAAGACCCAGGUCAAAGCCAAGGCCAAGCCUCAACAGCCGGUCAAAAAGAGGACAUUUUUGCAGACUCCUCCGUUGGGGCAGGUGGUGUGGCAGCAAGGUUACCCAGCGAUCCAGCAGUUUCAAGCCAUCUCCAACGUCUUGAACGUACCCCAAAUGCAGUUGUUCAACCCGGGCGCCAGCGUGGUACCGCCGGUGACCGUCUUCGAGGGUUUGCCGACGGCAGCCAUGACGCUGGACUAUGCGGCGACCACGCCCAGAGUCCUUCCACACACGUGUUCUCUGUGUAACGUACGGUGCACCGUGAUGCAGGACUGGAUCUCUCACCAGAACACCAAUCUCCACCUUGAGAGCUGCAAAGUCCUUCGCAAGCAAUAUCCAAAUUGGCAGGGCGAGGUCUUGCAUGUCCACAAGGAAGAAGAGAAAAACAAGUCGGCGCCCGUCCAAAGUAAGACACCCCGUGAUGGGUCUCGCUCAUCUUCCCGCUCUAGCACGCCCCGGGGCCGGCGCGGCUCGGACGCCCCGAGAGAGAAGAGGACGAGGAGGCGGACCCGAUCCCGCUCUCCUCACAGCUCCAGAUACAAACGCAGGUCCCGCUCUUACUCCACGAGCUCGUCCGACCACCAUCGCUCACGCUCGAGAAGUUAUGAGAGGCGCCAUCCGCACCGAAGCAAAGAGGGGCACUCAUCGUCGACGAGGAGGAGCCAUGAGAGGAGGCCCUCAUCUCGCAGGCGGUCUUCGUCUCGCAGGCGGUCUUCGUCUCGCAGGCGGUCUUCGUCGCAAAAGUGGUCUUCGUCGCAAAAGCGGUCUUCGUCGCAAAAGCGGUCUUCAUCGCGCAGGAGGUCCUCGUCACGUAGCCGCCACGAUAGGCGCCCGUCACCACAGAGAAGCCGUCAGAGACGGUCGCCCCCUAAAAGGAGCCAUGAAGAGAGCACUGCCGCCCGAAAGAGUCAAGAGACCUCAACCAGCGCCGAGACACUUGCAAAGAAGCUUCUGGAAUCAUCAGCCGUCCAGUCUUUGUCGAAGGAGUCUGACGUGGAGACAAUGGUCAAAACUCUGGCCCCCGCCUUGUUGGCCGAAUUGGCCAAAAUGAAGUCGACUCCUUCAACCUCUUCCAAAGGAAGCGCCGCCGCGACAUCGACGGCCGCCGGUUCUUCCUCCUCCUACGUUGCGGCCAACAAAAAGCCAUCAGCGACCAAAACCACUCCUGGCCAGCAGAGAGCUGAUGCUGCAAGACCCAAGUCGGUCAAAGCCUCCGUCCCAACCAUUCUGACGCUUAGAUCAAUCCCCCGUACUCUCGCCUACGAGGAUAUCUUGGCGGCCGCCGAGCAGUGCGGAAAAACUAAAUCGGUCGUCGUGUUUCGCACCAAAGGGGAGGCAGUUGUGUGCUUUGAGAAUAAGGAAGACGCAGACAAGCUGAGGAACACAAGAAACCCCAAAAUAAAAGGAUGGCCAGUCUUCGUUGUGGAAGACAAGGAGAGCGACUCCAAAGUGCAGAAGAACAAUCCUGAAAAAAAUGCACCUGCGCCGUCCAAAGCCUCAAAGACGCAACCAUCCAAAAGUACCUCCGCCGCGCCUGCCGCUCAGGACAAAGCAAAGACUGUCCCAAGCAAGCAGAUUACCAAGGUGGUGAAAAAGGUUCCGGUGCAGGCCAAGAUAACACCCAAGGUCAGCGGUGUAAAAGCUCAAACGAGCGCAGUGAAGCCAUCAGGAGGUGCUGCUGGGAAGAAGUUCGACACGACCACUCCGGUAGCCAAGACGACGCAACCGGGUAAGACGACUAAAGUCCCUCAGCAAGCUAUGGGUAAAAGCAAGCCGCCGUCCAAAGCCGUAAGCCACUCGCAACCUCCACCCGAGCCCAUGGAAGUGGCCCCGGGUGUAGCGACUGAGGAGCGCAACCAGCAGACCAUCGGGGCUCAAGCAGAACCCGCAGGAGGGCCGGCGCGUGCCCAAGGCGACUCACCUGACGCUGAAAGAGCUGCCGCGCAAGCCAAGACAAUUACCGAUGCAGCACCGGCGGAGGAGCCCGUGUCCCAACCUGUCUUUGUAAAAUCAGAGGCCGACGGGGGUUCCUCACUCAAGGGUGACGAAGCAGUCAAGGAAGAAGCUGCACCCCCACGUGACUCUGACACAGCAGCGAAGAAAGAUCCGCCGACCUCGGGGGCGAAAGACCAUGUGGCACAUCCGUGUGGUUCAGACCCAACGGUUAAAAAUGAGCCCCAACCCGGCUCCAACCCAACACUGAAGAAGGAUCCGGCGACCUCGGGUGAAUCCAAUCAAUUAGCACAGGAGAAUCUGGAGACCUCUUGCGAGACGGGCACAGCUGCAAAGAACGGCUCGGCGGCCUCAUCUGACGCAGCAGCGAAGACGGGCGUCGCGCUCCCGCAUGACUCGGCCGAGAGGGUGAAGGAGGAAGCACCCUCUCAUAGCCCAGAUGCAUCAGCAACGAAGGACGCAGCGAAGAAGUCUACAGCGCCCCCGUGUGGCUCCAAAGCAUCAUCAAAGAAGAAUGCGGCACCUCCAGUCGUUUUUAAAACCAGCAGACUCUAUACCGUCGGAGAGAAAAUGAAAGAACAUCUGGUUCCCGAAAAUCUCCAUAUCAGAACCACAUGCUGGAAACAAGAAGGUUCUCAGAUGUUGAUCACCAACCUGCCCGCUGAUGAACACACCUACUGCGAGCAGGAUGUCAUUGACGUGUUCAAGCCGUUUGGAAUGGCGAACUCUGAUGACAACAUCUAUGUCAUUCCUCAAUUAGAAAUAGCAUUUAUUCAACUGAAGGACUACGCAUGUGUGUUAUCUGCCAUAAGAGCCAGCGAAAACGGAAAAUUGGCUCUCAAGGGCCACAAGGAGAAGUUGAACGCGCAAGUGGUGGAUAUCCCCAUGUGGCCGGGCGGCUUCUAUCAGUCAGUGAUGAUGCUGUUGAAUUACAAGGUGACCAAGCACGGCCCGAAAACGGUCUACAUCAAAAACAUUGAGCCGAGCGAGGUCCCCAUCCUGCGGGAAGUUUUGAGGCGUAUUUGCGGAAUCGUAAACUUCAUGCCGCUCAUGAACAAGGUCUUUGUAGAAUUUGGGUCUAUUCAUCAUGUCGAUCGCUUUGGUGUUUGGUACUCGCUCCACGCUCAGUGUCCGACCUAUCAGAUCUACAGGUUGGGGCUGCCUAAUGUUGACAAAUAUUCGCCAAAACCAAGAAGCCCUGAGCUAGCCAUGCCGGAUAGCAAUGCGGCGUUUGCCGAGGCUACUCUUAUCGACUUUAUGUCCGACUUUCCGUUUCGCACCGCUUCCCCAUUUUACCUGACCUUGAGGAGAAAGCCCUACCUGUUUUCCACCAUUUCCCCUUGGUUCAUCAUUCCAGCCUUCCUGACGGUCAAAAGAAAAGCCGACAUUAUCAAUGCCGAGUUUGGCGGCGCGGCAAUGGUGAAAACCGUCAUGUUGACCGGCUUGCCUCAAGGAUGUUACACACACGAGGAUGUGGCGAAGCUGGCCUGGCCGUUUCUUGCCAAGAAGGACCUGCGGGCACUUUACUACAAUGUGAUCGUGCUGCCGGCCCAGCGGAGGGCCUUUGUGCAAUUCAACGACUGGAACUCGUGUUGCAACUUUGUCCUCACUCACUUACCAAGCCCGCUUCGGGUGGGCCGCUACAUUCUAGGGGUGCACUUAGUCCUGAAGUCCCUUUACGCGGAACGCAGCAAGGAAGCCGACAUGUACGUGGCGCUGAUGCGGCUCAGCAACUCGUACGUCGGAGAAGAUUUGAAGACGCUGUCCGAGCGACUGCUUUGCGUGGAGAUCUCGGAGGCCCGAAAACACACCUAUUACAUGGUUUUGGACGAGGUCUCGUCUCACGCCAAAAUUGUCAACUUCCUCCCUCUGGCCAACCGGAUAUGCAUUGAGAUGGAAGACGCCGCGGGGGUUGCCUGCGUGGUAGAGAAAUGCAAAGAUUUGAAAAUUAACGAGAUAGCUUGGAAGCCAGUUCAAAGCUUUUGCAGCGCUAAGAGGCUGGAAGAGUGCCUUCAGGAUCCAAGGCAGAUUACAUUGAACCGUAAGAUCUACGCGGUGUCAGCCUCCCUGUCCGCUACUCCAUGGACCGCCCCGAGCGCUAUCCCAUUGCCCGCCCCGCCCACAUCAUCGGCCGCCCAGACCAACACCCCAUCGGAUGCUCCGCCUUCUUCAUCGGCCGCCCAGACCGCCACCUCAUCGGAUGCCCCGCUUUCAUCAUUGGCUGCUCAGACCGAGACCUCAUCAGAUUCCCCGCCCACAUCGUCGGACUUCCCGACCGCCCCAUCGGCAGUCGUUGUUAGUAAUCCCGGAAAACCUGUCGAGAUCCUCGUUUCAGCACCAUGCGCUGAUGACACGGCAGCUAAAAAUGACUCUGACAAAGUGGAACGCUCGAUGGCUGAAAAGACCAUAGCUGUUCCGGAGGUUCAGGACAAUAAAGAGGAUGCGACGCUGCCAGCUUCCACUGGUGGUGCCAAUGACGUCCCAGAUGUUCCAGAUGCUAACAAUACAUCAGCCGCCGUAGAUCAGGACAAAGAGGAAAGCCUUGUGAAAAGUGACGAUGCCCUGGGCGAUUCUGAAAAAGACGUUUCUUCAAACGCAGUUCCUUUUGACCAGCCACCCUUCAAUAUAGACGAGUUUGUCACAGUCGAUGAAGUGGGCGACCAGGAGGACAGCGCCGGCGAGGCUCCCUCGGCGCUCAAGAGAUCUUCUUCCCAAGCAGAGCUGCCGCCUGCUUCCAAACGGACCAAAGCGAGCACCUCAAAAGAGUCAAAGGUCUCCUCGUCCACCCCGUCUCCCUCCUCCAGGGCCACCAGAAGCUCAACAAGAAUGGGCCUCUCUUCUGGGUUCACGCCUUUGCCCGUUUCAAUGUCAGCCAAAAAAAGGCAAAGAAAACAACCAAAGGCUUCACAACAUCAGACAAUCCUGUUGUCCACCACUGACUGCAAAGAUGAGAGUCUGGAAACAAUGGCCAGCGAGGAAAGUUAUCAAGUGUUGGAUAGUGUCGGCGAUGACCAGAAACCUCUCUCGGUGGAAGUCGGCCACGUGGAGCUCUCCGAAACCGGCGCUACUGAGCUCCAAGCUUCUCCGGAGCAAGACAACAUCGGUCAGGUUGACGGAGUUGAGGAAGAGCAGGCGCCGCCAGUUCAUACAUCUCAAGUUGAAGAGCAGGAAAACAGAGGAGGAGAAAAUGAGGUGACAGAUGUGAAGGAGGACGGCGUAGGUGAAGAGCUGACGGCACAAUCCUCGCAAACAAACAAGGAUGCUGCUGAGGAGCCCACCUUAGCCGAGCUCGACCGACAAGUUGCUGAGACCUCCACCGGCCCGCUGAGCAAAGAAGACUCCGUGGCCUCUGGACAAGAAGAAGGCGAGGAGGAAGCAGAAGCAUACCAGGUGAUUGACUCUGUCGAAGAGCCGCCAAAUUCCGCUGAGGAUGAGCACAGCGUCCCCGAAGCGUGCGAGAGUCGUGCCGCUUCAAGCAGAACACUCAAGAGUAAAGCGCGCACGUCUCUAAAGAACCAAGAGUCCACCGCCACGCCCAAAACUUCAGAUUUUUCCAAGUACCUCGUGGUCGAUUCUGUACAAGUUGAACAAACGGUUGGUAGGAGGCGGAGCACCAGAGGAAAAGCACAAGAGCAAAGCGCCAAAAUAUCUGCGAAAGACGAGGAGCCCACUUUCCACGUGAUAGACUCCGUGGACGAUGAAUCGAGCACAACCCCGAGAGGCACCAGAGGCAAAAGAGGAAGGCCGCCCAAGAGAGACGCACCGAGCGAGGAUAGAGCUCAAGAAGAAAAGCCCGCCACGAGGAGGACUUACCCUUUGAGAACGUCACAGGAAGGGCCCCAGGCCAAAACCAAAAUUGAGGCCAUCAUUAAAGAGGAGCCCAGCUGUCAAGUCCUGGACAAGGUGAAGAUUCCUCCAGCUCCAAGAGGCAGAGGAAGAAAAGGAAGACCCAAGAAAGUGGUCAAAACGGAGGAAAACGACGACGAUGAUGAUGAUGAAGAAGCGACGACUUUCCAGGUCGUGGACUCUGUGGACGAUGAGACGGGCCAGGAAAUGGCGUCCUCUGAGAACGCGCCACACAGUCCGAAACAGGAAGACGUGACCGAUGGGACGUCUCUGGUGAAGCUAGAGGAUGAAGAGGAACCAACGUAUCAGGUGGUUGAUUCUUUAGAGGAAGAUCCGGCCGAAGAAGAGGCGAGUGUCUCAGACGUUUGUGCUCCAAUGACGACGGAAGGAGGACAAACUGAAUUGAGAGAUGAAACGACGGAAGGCGAGAACAACCAAGAGGCUGACGUCAAAGGAGAAGAUGCACCUUCCCAAAUGAAGACCAGGUCGCAACAACGCUCUUCUCAGAGCCCGCCGCUUGCUACCAAAGACGACACGCCGAGCACGCUCGCGCUGGACCAAGUGAGCGACGAAGAGGAGGACUUCCCCGACGACGGCACCAAGAAGCCAACGGAGCGAGCCGAGAAAGAACAGAAGAAGAGCGACUGGGGCCUGGAACGCGACGGCCCCAGCAAAUGGCGGUCCAGGAGACGCGAGGAUGAGGACGAGCUGCUCACGCUGGACCAAGUGGAGGUGGAGGAGGGCGGCGAGCAGCUGGCGCCGGAAAGCGAUGUCUCUGAGGGCGAGCUAGCUCUGGUUACUCUGGACGAGCUUGUGGAAGAGCAGGAAGAGGCAAAAGGGCCACGCCCAUCCAGCGAGGGAGAACAAUCGGAGGGCUGUCUCAACCCCGAGACUCUUCUGACUUUGGACGAGACCGGUGGAGAGGAGGACGAGGAUGAGAAAAGUGAAGCUGCGGGGACCUCGCAGUCUACUAAACGCAAACGUAGCGACGAUGCGGAAGAGGACAACAUAAACUUGGUGACGCUGGACCAGGUGGGAGACGUUGAAGAGGACGUCUUGAGAAGCACGAUUGAAAAGCGACACCGAUCAGCUUCUGCCACAAUCUCAACUGGAGCAGACCAAGACGAGAUGGAAGCAGCGGCCUCUGGCGACGCUCCCUGGCCUCCGAGCGACCACCAUGAGGAGGAGAAGGAGGAGAGGGAAAAAGUGGUGGAGAAGGCGGAGAACAAGGGAAAAGAGGAAGAGGAGGGGGAGGAAGUGGAGGAAAACACAGAAAAGGAGAAGGAUAACGCAGAGGCAAAUGAAGAGGAAGCGCCAUCUGCUGGGCAGUCUCUGCAAGGUUCACUGCAGAAAUUGAGUAAAGGCAAACGCGCAGCUGAGCUGACCACAACCUCAGCGAAACGAUCGCGUUCUGAGUCUCCGUGCAGCACUCCUGCUUAUGUUCUACCAGCGUUCAGACCAAAGAACCCUCUCGGCAUGGAGUUCGUCUUGCCAAAAUCUGGUUAUUUCUGCAAACUCUGCUCAGUAUUUUACCUGAAAGAGAGCACGGCCAAGGAGGUGCACUGCAGCAGCAGGAAGCACUACGACAACCUAAAGAAAUACUACCGCAAGUGUGAGCAGAAUUCACGAUCAUCCACUCAAGGCUCCAUCUCUGACUGAGCUCCUUUCCAAUGACCAAUGCGUUUUAAUUUUUGUCUUAACUGUUAAGUUUUCCAUUGUCCAAUCAAAUUUCAGAGUUCCAUCUUGAUAUACGUUUUUAGGCCUUUUGGUUUGUUUGUGUGCUGCAAAAGGGAGGCAGCAAAAGUUGUCCAUCUUGACGAGUUUGUGUUUUUGUGUAUUCAUUAAACAAAAAGUUAAACAUGUAAAACGGUUAUUAAAGGUUCACAGUAAAAUA